AUGGGAGGGAGUUCUGAAGGAGCAUCAAUAACUUCUACUGCUGAUGAAGGAGCAAAUUGCUCUGAAUGCUAGUAGAUUUUCUGUUUGUGUCUCCAGUAUAUCCUUUCCUUGUGUUUUCACUGGAGUAAGUGGUUUUAAAUUCCAACACAGUCCUGUAUUUUUAUUUGUUCCUUUUUUACCAGUGCUGCCUGAGAGUUACAGCGUGAUGUUGCAUCUAAGCUAUUUCCAUCCUCUGUUGCCCUGAUCGUCUGCCUCCCUCACUACAGGAUAUAGGAGAUUUGCUCCUAAUUAACUGAGUGUAAUUCUUGGCCAAAUGCACUCCAGAAAGAGCUCCUUCCUACCACUCAGCAACUCCUAUAAAAGGUCCAGCAGAAAUGGAAAAGGCAUCCUGCUGCCCCCGGUGCGGAGGGGCUAGCGUGGGAAAGCAGAGCCCGGCAGCUGAACGAGAAUGUGAUGCUUGAGGAACCUUCUGCCCACUUUUUACAGGAGGGAUGGAGAUCUCCAAAAUACUCGGGCUCCUGGUGGAGCUCUCGAGUCUGCUAUCCUGUCUCAGAUGUGUGGAGGCUUUCCUGGGAUCCCAGCCCAACCAAAACCAUUUGCAGAGUGCAGCAUCCAGCGGCUGUGCUGUCGGACCCCUGGGCUAUUACAAUGGCUCGCUGGCGGUCACUGAGGCCGGGGCAGAGUGCCUCAACUGGGCAGAGUUCCCUGAUUAUGUCCAGCAGUACCCAGACCGUGGCCUGGGGGACCACAACCACUGCAGGAACCCAGAUGGGGGAACGACACCCUGGUGCUUCUACCGGCUCUCGUCAGGGGCCAUCGGCUGGUCCAACUGUGACUGUAACCAAGGUGCUGUGCGGUUGGCUGAAGAUAGUAGUGUGGAGCUGUACUUCAGUGGACUCUGGGGUACCAUCUGUGCUGACCACUGGACUGACUGGGAUGCCAGUGUUGUCUGCAGGCAACUAGGUCUCAGUGAGAUCGGCACAGCUGGGAAGAAAAGUCAUCCUGGGCCAUGGCCUGUUCCCUUGCACCUACAGUCAGCAAACUGCCAUGGGGAUGAGAAAGCUCUGCUGCAGUGUGGCUAUCAGGAAGCUGUGUCAGGAGCUUGUAAACAGGGGAGUGCCACGGUAACUUGUGUUCCUCCAGAAGGUGUAGGUGCCCCACUGCGUAUUGUUGGGGGGAAGGAGAGCUUUGAAGGGCGAGUGGAGGUUUACCACGAUGGCAAGUGGGGCACCAUCUGUGACGACCAGUGGGACGACCGGGAUGCUGAAGUAGUCUGUAGACAGCUGGGACUCAGUGGGACCCCAAAAGCCUUGUCAUGGGCUCACUAUGGGCAGGGAUCUGGCCCAAUCCUGCUGGAUGAAGUGCAGUGCUCAGGCAAUGAACUCUCACUUGACCAGUGCAAGAAGAGUGACUGGGGACAGCAAAACUGUGACCACAUUGAAGAUGCUGGGGUCUCCUGUGACCCUUUCACAGAGGGCACUGUCAGGCUGGCUGGUGGCCGCAGCCCCAGCGAAGGCAGGGUAGAAGUUUAUUACAAUGGAGACUGGGGCACAGUUUGUGAUGAUGGCUGGACAGACCUUGGUGCCCAGGUGGUCUGCAGGCAGCUGGGCUUCAGUGGUCCUGCUGCCCUGGCCUCUGAAGGGGACUAUGCUGCUGGCCAAGGCUUUAUCUUACUGGAUGACGUGGCAUGUGUGGGGACAGAGCUGUCCCUCCUGGACUGUCCCCACAGCAACUGGGGACAGCAUGACUGCUCACAUGCUGAAGAUCUGGGAGUCCGCUGUUCCCCAGAAAGCAACACGGUCAUGGAUGGCAGCCUGGGGCCUCCCAUACGGCUGGUGGAUGGAGAAAGCACGAAGGAGGGACGAGUUGAGGUGUUACUGAAUGGGCAGUGGGGCAGUGUCUGUGAUGAUGACUGGACAGACAGAGAUGCCACAGUGGUUUGCAGGCAACUGGGGUUCAGUGGUACCGCAAAAGCCAGAGCAAUGGCUUAUUUUGGUGAAGGCCAUGGGCCCAUCCAUCUGGACAACAUAGAAUGCAGUGGCACGGAGCACACCCUGGGGCAGUGUGCCAGGUCUGACACCACGAUUCACAGCUGCUGGCACAGUGAGGAUGCUGGUGUGAUCUGUGACUACGUGGAAGAGAAGGUCCAAGAUAUCAGAAGAACAGGUCCAGAGUCUGGUGUGUGUGGGAUGCGCCUUCUCCACCGUCGCAAGAAAAGGAUCAUAGGUGGAAACAAGUCUCCCAGAGGUGGUUGGCCAUGGCAGGCCUCACUUCGGCUGAAGGGUUUUCGUCGAGAUACUCGUCUGCUGUGUGGGGCAACAGUGAUCAGCAGCUGCUGGGUGGUGACUGCAGCCCACUGCUUCAAAAGGUUCGGUGUUGAUGUGCGGCGCUACCUGCUGCGGGUGGGCGAUUACCACACGGGCGUGAAGGAUGAGUUUGAGAGGGAGCUGCCCGUGGAGCGGAUUGUCCUGCACAGGAACUACUGGGCUGGCAGCAAUGACAAUGACAUAGCCCUGGUCCGGGUGAGGGGCAGAGAAGGGCACUGUCUGUCCUUCAAUCGCCAUGUUCUGCCCGUCUGCCUGCCCGACAGGAAAGAGAGGUCUGACAUCAACAGGCAAGCCUGUAUCAUCUCCGGCUGGGGAGACACAGGGAAGUCCUAUUCAAGAACGCUGCUGCAGGGGGUGGUGCCUCUUCUCCCACGGGAAGACUGCGAGGUCCGCUACGGGCAGAAGUUCACUAACCGCAUGAUUUGUGCCGGGAACCUCUCUGAAGAUAAACGAGUGGACAGCUGUCAAGGGGACAGUGGAGGGCCACUCAUGUGUCAGAGGUCAAAUGGGCGCUGGAUCAUCUUGGGCAUCACUUCCUGGGGGUAUGGCUGUGGUCGGAAGGAUUCACCCGGUGUGUACACAAAGGUCAGCAAAUUUGUACCCUGGAUCAAGAGAGUGACCAAGCUAAAAUGAAAAUGACUGGGCUCUAGGAACUUCAGCCUAUGGUCCUUUUGCCCUGCAGCAGCAGAAGGCUGUGGCUUCUGGUCGUGACUGAUGGAGAUUUAUUUUGUCAUUGGACACUGGCAAAGGACUUUGAUGUAGAACUGGAAGAAAACCAGUUAUGACUGAUGCUUUAAAGUCUUUGAUUUCACUUUAGUCUGUAAUCUGUAAGCAGAGAAAGCAGGUGCACACUGGUAACAAUGAUAAGUAUAUGUUGCCCUAAGUAUCUGAGUCCUGUAAUGCAGUGACACUUGUUCCUUUGCCCUGGCACACAGAAAUAGUAGAAGCAGAGAGAUACCUGCCACUGAAAAUCUAUUCCUGUUUGUAUGUUUGGACAGUUGAAAAAUGCUGCAAGGAGAGGUGAGAUGUUUGGAAGAUGGCACCGGGUGCUGGCAUAGUGGAAAUCUUCAGAUAUUUUUUCAUAACAGCUCUCUUCAAUUCCAGGAAUCAGAAGAUUUGAGCUGAGCUGGGGUUUUUUUUCUUCCCUGUUAUGUCUCUAGGGGGAACCUUUUCUCUUCUGAAUAGUACGUCUGCUUCCAUAUGAUCCCUUUCAAGUGUCUGCCCUUGCUAAGAGAUGCUUGUCCUUUCUGCUGUAAUCCUCUGUCACACAUUUCUAGCUGCCAGAUGCUAUGGUUUUUUUUGCUGCUUUCUCACUAUAGUGGUUCUUUGUGUGUGUUUGUUUUCUUCCUUCCUUAAAGUAGCAUCUCCUAGUUGUUGGUGUGGGAGUAAAUCUUCAUUUUUAAGAGACAGUAGGUUUCUUGCCCUUAUGAUUACUGUGAAGAACUUAAAAAUACGACCUCAAGUGGCUGAAUAGACAUGUUAUUUUUCUUUAAAUCCAAAUGUAAUGUUAAUCUCAAACAUUCAGGUGUUGAAUCAUGAUUUAACAGCACUGUGGGGACUUCCUCUUGGUAGCUUAAUCACCACAGUUAGUAGCUGCCCUUUACUUGUGCUGUUAGUCUUUAAUAUCUCUGUGUUCACAGUUCUCCCAUGAAACGUGGAAUUACUCCUGGGGUAUAGAUACACCUCAAGCAAAUUACUCACUCCUUGUGAAAAACAGUAAGUGUGCUGCAAAGCAGCUUCCUGCUUUCCUGAAGUGUGUCCUAUUCUCGAAACCUCUGGGCUAUUCGUUCUUUUUUUCUCUUCUUUGCACUAUUUCUCUUUUCGUUCCUCUCAUUGGGAGUAAAUUGGCUUAACUCAAGGGUAUGCAAGCACUGUCAUCAAGCUGUAGUUCUCAGCCUGAACAGAAAUAAUGCUGAGAAAAAGCAGGGAUUAUUGAAUACUUCAAUUUCUUCCUUCCAUCUCAUCCAAACAAAUGAACAGAGUUCCCUCUUAUGCCUUAAGCAGUUUUUAAAGUUAAUUUAUUAUUCUUGAGUAGGUAAAAAAAUAUAAAACUAGACAGAAGGGCUAAGUGCAUUAACAGCUGUGCAGUGCACAGUGUCUUUUCACUGUGUAUAGAUAAGCCAGAGAGAAGACAGGUCUGCUCAGGAGCAGAAAGCUUUGAUGUGUAACAAAGGACCUGAACGUGGAGUAAUAAUACGAGAUGGGACACGUGGAACUUGUGCCAGAUGUGCAUGUUUUGGGUUUGCUCAUGCACUGCAGGGUAGGCAAUCACUGGGUCUGGCACUGACCUGCUGCCUGGAAGGUCUGCACUCAAGGCACAGAGGUGUUCAGUAUCUAGGCAUUACAAAGGCAAGAACAGAGGGCAGAGCACAGCCUGUGGAUUAGCCUUGUCAUGUUACAGGGCAUGUGGUGACAGAGUUCUAGAAAUCACCUUGGAUUCAAUAAGUAGUGAUUGCCUAAAGCUUUAAUUUGUCUUCUGUAAAAUAGCUGAGCUGGCUGAUUUUUGUGUAAGAAUGCUAAACUAAACAGUUCCAUUUACCCUCUCCAGGGGUUAUAGAAAAGUUGGGUUACCAGUAUUGGAAUGGACUGUUUAAAGAUCCUGCUUGGAAACUUUAUUUUAACAAAGAAUUGUAGAAAUCUUUAAAACAUGCAAUGUCAGAACCCCUGCAAACUGGCCUUGGAGACAAACCUGAUCUGUUUGUGCCUCUUCUCGAGGUCCAGAGUGUCUUCAGUGCAGCUUGUGCUGGUAACCCUGUCUGAAGUGCCAGGCUUGAUCCCUUGGCAGUGCUGUGCCUGGCUCCAUGCUGGCUGUGUUGUCCUAUGGCUGCUGGCAGAGAGUCUCUGAGAUGCAAGCUGCAGACUGCUCCUUAUCUCCCAGGAAUUAAAAUGGCAGGAGGACUGAAGGCAAUUAUGUCACAGCCCUCUGGUCUUGUAGGGGAUUAAAUGCCAAGUUCCACACUGGCAGCAACAGUACCUGUCUGGGAAAUGUAGAGGGAUUUGGCUUUUACCUUCUGCCU